AUGAAGAACUUAGUAGAAGGACCCAAGGAAAUCGUCGUCGAACAUAGUAGCCUCAAUUUCAUGUUAGGUAAACUCUCAUUACGCCGCCGGAAGAUAACCAAGUCACCGGCGUCUCAGCCUCCGAUAUUGGAGAACCAAACCCGUCAUCAUCACACCUUUGAUCAUGAUCAUGAUCACGAUGACAUGAACCCACCAAGCUUCUCCGAUGGACAGUCUUCUACUAGUACUAGUUUCAAUACCCCAAGUGCUACUUUCGUAUGUGGUUUGUGUCUUAAGCCUAUACAACUAGAAGACUCAUUCGACUUCAAGGGCUGUGCCCAUUUUUAUUGUACUCCAUGCAUUGUCAAAUUUGUAGUCUCCAAGCUGCCAGACAAUGUCGAUUGGACACUGCACUGCCCUGUACCAACCUGCACCGGUACACUAGACCCCGACUACUGUAGGCCAAUCCUCCCAAACGAGGUUUUCGAUUCGUGGAUGAAUGCAUUGUGUGAUCAGAUUGAGCAAUCUUCUUAUGGUGGUGAAAGCAGUAAUAGUAAUACUUUUACAUGUGAUUUUUGUGUUGAGGAAAAGCAUCUGAGUGACUCAUUUAAUGUCAAGGAUUGUAGCCAUUUUUACUGCCACCAAUGCAUUGUCAAUUUUGUGGUGUCAAAGCUGGAGGACAAUGUGACCUCCAUUGUGUGCCCCGAGCCGGGCUGCAGAGGAGUGCUAGACUUGCAAUACUGUCAGCCGAUUCUCCCCAAGGAUGUUUUUGAUCGGUGGGGGAAGGCCUUGUGUGAAAAUGUGAUUUUGGGGUCCGAGAGCAAUGACAAGUAUUACUACUGUCCCUUUAAGGAUUGCUCAGCGCUUCUGGUUCUUGAUAAUCCGGUGGAUGAGUAUCAUGUGUUUAGCUCCAAGUGUCCUCAUUGCAAGAGACUGGUUUGCUUGAAGUGCAAGGUUCCUUGGCAUACGGAGUUCGAUUGCGACAAGUUUCAGAAAUUGAGAGACAAGGGUGAAGAUGAGAUGGUGAAGGAGCUUGCCAAGAAAAGGAAGUGGCGGAAGUGCCCAAAAUGCAACUACUAUGUUGAGAAAAAAGAUGGAUGCACUUACAUUAGAUGCAGGUGCAGGCAUGCUUUCUGUUACAGCUGUGGGAUAGCAGCUUCCGUUGAUGGUACUCAUACAUAUCAUUGUCCAAGUUGUAAACAGUAA